AUGGAGAGCUACAAGUAUACACUUCCAGCUGAUGCAACAGAAAACUCCACCUGCUUAAAAUAUUGCACCAGGAAGUUAGACCUCCAGCGACACCCUGACAAGAACAAGUCCAUAGGGGCAGACAGUGCUUUCAAGCUCAUGUCUGAUAAGAAUUGGAAAAUGGAAUAUGACCAGUUGAGAAAUGUUAAUGGUUUUCGAAACCAAGCUUCUCAACCGAAUGGAGAUCAUUCUGUUCGUAGUUCUGCCAUUGGUUUCUGCUCAUUUUCCCACACCACAUUGUCCAAUAAAGGGCCUCGAAAUAGCAACAGAAGAAUGCAGUAUGAAUACUCUAGGAUUUUCUUUAAUCACAAUCUUUUAUGUCCCAAUUGCCAUCAAGCCUUCGUGGCUAUUGAGCUUGGAAUUCCAGGUAAUGCAGCAAAUUCUUCUAUUUCUUGGUUAGCUAAGCGAUGCCCACAGAAUUUGAACCAUAAUUACAUUGCUGAAAAUUGCUGGUUUCAAAGGGGGCCCAAAGGAGGUUAAUAGGAUCACAAAAGAAGAGAUGUUUCAAUUUUCGCAUCAGGUACCUUCUUAUUUGCUUACGGGUGAAGAAGCUCAUAAUGCUCUGAAGGCCUGCUUUGAAUUGGACCCAUCCACAACUCAUGUUGAUCUGAUUUGGAAAUUUUAUAAGGCACAUGAUGAACCUUUGGCAUCAAACAUAGUGGACUUGUUGCAAAAUGAAGUUUCAUCGAGCUUCUAAACUCCAUUUCAUCAUCCCAGGGUAGUUGGGCUAUUCACGAAUCUUAUAUGACAGUUGAUUCUUAUCCCAAUAUACAUGGAGGUUGUUGCUGGAAUAGCAAUCAAUUUUUGGAGACCAUAUUAU